UGCUAGAUUUGCAGACUGUAUUUGGUAGUGUGCCGAACUGCCUCUAGGAAACAUUGACCCUGCUAGAUUUGCAGACAGUAUUUGGGUUAACCCUGACUUUGGCAUCCGUUUAGACAUUUUCUGCUGGAGUUCUGGUAAUCUGGCUUUGUAUAUCUCGUAACGAGGAGGUGCUGUGGAUGCACUGCAGUGUUGUAUUAAAAGGAUUAACUGGGAUUGAAUUUGGCUGCACAUCCUUGAUCCCCAACAAGAACACUGUUGCUUUGCGUGCGUACCAGUGCCCGCGCUACGUGAACGGGUAGGGAGGUGCUGCAACACCGCUACUCCGAAUUUCAAGGCUGUGAGAUUAUGCAGACGAGAUUUUGGUGAUCGCACUCUGUGUUGGCGCCACUGAAUUUACAGUACUAUUAUUGGCGCGGUAAGUUUGGUCUGUUACAGGACAGAAAACGCUUUAAAAAGACGAAUUCCUCUAAGUUUUGAGGUGUAGCAACGCUACUCAUCAUUUCAUUGAACUGUGCGUGAAUCUGGAAAUUGUUGUUUAAAAAUGGAAUUUGAUUUCCAGAAGACAAAAGCUCCACCUUUUAUUCUAGAUGAACUCAUGAAUUCACGACCCAGAAAUUCUACUGACAUGAGAGGAUCAUCAACAAUUGUAGAUUUUCUGCAGCAACCAAACAUAAAUCAACAAGAAUUGAUACCUAAUCCAGAAAUGGAAACAAAUCAAUUUUCUGGUUUACCAGAUUUCCAUCCCAUUCAGAAUUCAUCGCAGAUUUCCCAAUUCAUGUUUGAUCAAGAAUCGUCACACUCCAAUGAUGAUAGUUUCCUUACAUCAGCCAGAAAGGAUGACCCAGAUAAGCAUCCAAAUUCAAAAAAGUUUUGUCAACCAAUGGAUUCUUUUUUUGACUCGUGUGCUGAUAGCCCACAGAAUGCUCCUUCACCAUCCAAUGAUUUUCAGAUUUCAUCAAGAUUUAAUCAACAGCCUUUUCAGUGUCAUAAUAAAGCUCUUUCAAUUGACAGGCCAAAUAAUCGGCAACAUCUUCAAGAGAGAUCUGUUGUUUCCAAUGAUGCACCUUUGCAAAAUAGCGCAAGGGAUGUUGAACAUCCUGUUUCUCAGAUGCGUGAAACAAAUGUUCCAUGUCAGAAAACAACUAAUGCAUCUGCUAAGUCUGAAUCAUUCAAAAAUUUCAACGCAGAAUUACAGGAAUUCACUGAGAGCUACACAAAACUUUCAACUGAAAAAGCUGAAUUGGAAAAGCAAGUUUCACACACCGAACAGUCUCUCAAAGAAUAUCGUGAACAGGCCUUGAACUACAAGAAUAAAUACGAAGAAGUCCAAGAGAAGUUAAAUGAAGAAAUUAAAAAUAGGGAAAGUAUAUUAGCACAAGUGGAGUAUGUAAACGGUGUAUCUCAAUUGCUAGACAAGUAUUUUAAAGAUAUAUGUAAUACACUUAAAUUGUAUGGAGACAUUAACUGUGAAUAUAAAGAACGUAAUGCCAAACUUCAUGAACAAGUAGAGAAACAAGUUAAAGAAUAUGAGAAUGUGAUAUCAAGUUAUAAAGAUGCAAUUGAAAAGUUAAAAGGCAAAAUUUUAAAAUUGGAAAAGCAGAAUAAUGAAACUACCAUAGAAUUUUCUAAGAUUAAAGAAGAACUUGCACAACAGCUUGAAGAUGUUAAUAGUAAAUUAUGUGGUGAACAAAGCAAAUCCACAAGUUUAGAGAAGAAUCUAUUUGCUUUAGAACAGACAAAUAAGGAAUUAAUUUCAAGACUGGAACAGUCAGAAAUUAAUUUUUCAGAGAGGUACUCAUCCCUUCAAAAAAAAUUAGAAGAGGCCAAUAAUAAUUUGGAGGCGAUUCGAUCAGAUAAUCUGGAAUUGAAAAUUUAUGAAGUGAAAUUCAAGCAGCUAGAAACAUUUAAUGAGAAGCUUCAACAAGAAAAGGAGGCUUUAUCUACCAUUGUGAAUACCUCUCAGAAUAAUCUUUUAAAAUCAGAAAUUGAGAGAUCAGAACAUUUAAAAUCAAUAGAAAAACUGCUUGAUGAAAGGGAGACCAUAAACAAAGAAAUAUCUGAAUUAAAGGAACAGUGUACUGAUGUAAAUUUGAAGUUGGUUGAAGUUAAAACGAAUUAUGAACAACUGUUUAAUGAGAAUGAACUUCUGAAGAAGAAAAACGAAAAUAUACUUGAAAAUUUGGAGAGUUUGAAAGUUAGCAAACUUCAAUUAGAAGAGGAAAUUAAACAAGCUAAUUGGCAGGAUGCUUCAUCCAGGAAUGUCAUACAAACAAUGACUGAUGAACUCAAUGGUUUACGUAAGGAGUUGGAGGUUGCGAAAGUGGAGAAAUUAUCCUCUUUAGAAGCUGAGAAAGAAGAAUUAAAACUUAUUGAAAAAGAGUUACGAGAGGAAGUUGCUGAAAAGGAUGUAAAAAUUCUUGAUUUGGUUACUUUAAAUUCAUCUCUUGAGGUGGAUAUGCAUAAACAGGAUGAAAUGAACAAAAAAAUUCAAGAAGAACUUAGUAAAACGAAGAGUGAUAUGGCCAGUACACGUCAGGAAAUGUUGGUAAGUGUCGACCAAUAUAGAGAGCAAUUCAUGAGUGAACUUAAAGAAAAUGAAGAUUGUCGGAAGGAACUUCAAAGUAAAUACGAAACUGCGUGCAGCGAGAUGGAAAAAAUAAUAGAAAAUAAGAAACAGAGUGAUACUGAGAUAUUAAAUCUCCAGCAGUCUAUUAAGUUUUAUGAAAACAAAAUAAAUACAAUGGAUGGUGAAACAAAAAAAAUGAAAUUAGAACAAGAAAAGAAGGAGAACGAUUUUAAUGAAAAGAUAUCAAAAUUAAAAAUAUUAGUCUCACAAUUAGAAGAAGAAAAGGUACUGCUGGAAAAAUCAAUCCAUGACAUGAAGGGAGAUAUAAAUUUAAAACAAAUGUUACAAGAAGAAAAUAUUUCUUUAGAAAAAAAGAUAAAAAUUAUCCAACAAGAAAAUGAAGAAUUAAAAGAGAAAUUGAAAAGUAAGGAGAAAUCUUCAACAACAACCUUUUCGGAAACUGAAACUUUAAAGUUUCCAGGAGAAAUACCUGUUCCUAGAAAACGAGUGUGCUUUGAAGAAGAAUUUAUGUCAGAUGCUUCAAGCAUUGAUCUUCCAAAGUUCUUUAAAUCUAAUCUGACAUCUGCCAGUCAAGAUGAAAGGACAUUAACUACCAACACUGAAAAGAAUGAUAAAACAAAAAAUCGCAGAAUGCAAAGAAGCAUGAGAGGUUCGAAUAGUGGUCGAAAAUUUUUCAAAAAAUCAAUCUCUGGAUUUGAAGGCUCUAACAUAUUUGGUUGAAGAAGUGUUUGAUUGUUUCUGCUUCAAAAAUAAUAUUUUUUACACCAUUGUUCUGCUUUACUUGUUAUUUCUUAGUAGUAUUAUUAUUGUUGUUUGUGACAUAAAAGAAUGUUUAAAAAAAAUAUUGUUAGAGAGAAUUCCUAUGUAAUGUUUGUUUUUAAUAUGCUUGAGCUAAAUUCUAAAGAUCUUUAAUAAUUUAGUUUUGUUCACUUGUAGUUCUCAAAGUUUUGAGAUAGUUGUAAAUUUCAAAUAUUUUUGUUGGAUUCUUUGAGAAGAUAUUGUAAUAAAUGUUAAUGUCAACUCAAA